CCUUUUAACUGUUGGCAGUGUCACAUUUUCCUCGUUGUUUGAACAAAGCGGACGCUGAAUUUUUCUUAUAUAGAAAGACUUCAACCCGAACCAGGACAUAAUCUUCGAAUUUGAUAAAUCUACGCCUGGCAAUAUGUUUCACCACGUAGUAUCAUAUAGACGGUCUCUUGUGUUUAUACUGUGUACGAUAUUGUUUUUGGAGACUCAAGCUGAUUCAGAUAUAUGCAACACAUGUUAUUGCAAUUCAUUUACAACGAUAAUAAAUUGUAUAAAUCGCAAUUUACUAUCAAUUCCACAGCCAAUUCCGACGAAUGUUGAAUAUUUAUAUCUUGGUUACAACAACAUAGCAACCAUCAAAGAAGGAGCAUUCACGGGGCUUUCAAAUUUAAAAGAAUUAUAUCUUGACAACAAUAAAAUUUCAAGGAUUGAAAAAGAGAUGUUUCGAGGCCUUCACAACUUAGAGAAAUUAAAUCUUGGUGCCAACAACAUUUUCACAUCAAAAGAAGGAGCAUUCACGGGGCUUUCAAAUUUAAAAUACUUAUAUCUUGGUUCCAACAACAUAGCAACCAUCAAAGAAGGAGCAUUCACGGGGCUUUCAAAUUUAAAAGAAUUAUAUCUUCGUUACAACAACAUAGCAACCAUCAAAGAAGGAGCAUUCACGGGGCUUUCAAAUUUAAACUACUUAUAUCUUCGUUACAACAACAUAGCAACCAUCAAAGAAGGAGCAUUCACGGGGCUUUCAAAUUUAAACUACUUAUCUCUUUACAGAAAUAAAAUUUUAAGGAUUGAAAAAGAGAUGUUUCAAGGCCUUCACAACUUAGAGAAAUUAGAUCUUGGAGGGAACAGCAUUGCAACCAUCAAAGAAGGUACAUUCACGGGGAUUUCAAAUUUCAAAGAACUAUCUCUUUACAACAAUAAAAUUUCAAGGAUUGAAAAAGAGAUGUUUCAAGGCCUUCACAACUUAGAGAAAUUAUAUUUGCAUAACAACCCAAUAGAAAAAUAUGAAGAUGGCGCUUUCUUAUUCCUUCCCAGCAUAGCUACAAUUAACCUCGGAAACAAUAACCUUAAGAGGUGUGGAUGUCACUUGCCAGCCUUCGUUAAGUAUAUUAAAGAAGUCUAUAACAGAACUGUUGCUGUUUUUGGCACGUGUCAGGAAGGCUCAGGGAAACGAAUACCUAUACUGGAUUAUUCGCAAUGUCAAAAUUACUCGUUAUUUCAACGGAAUUUACAGUGUCAAACAAGUUCAGGAAUCAUAUGCAAUGAAGUGACAAGCUGUCCAGGAACAGAGCCUGUAUGCCGAUUCGCAAUAUCAAUGAACGGUGCUAAACUGAAGACUGAAAGGUCCUGCAGCACAUACAGAAAAUGUGUUGAAGCUAUGAGAAACAAUACCCUUACAUGCAAUAAACGGACGAAUGGCACGUCUUGUACUGGUUGUUGCGUCGGACACUUAUGUAACAAGAAUGAUUUCAUUGAUUACUCGUUAUUUCAACGGAAUUUACAGUGUCAAACAUGUUCAGGAAUCAUAUGCAAUGAAGUGACAAGCUGUCCAGGAACAGAGCCUGUAUGCCGAUUCGCAAUAUCAAUGAACGGUGCUAAACUGAAGACUGAAAGGUCCUGCAGCACAUACAGAAAAUGUGUUGAAGCUAUGAGAAACAAUACCCUUACAUGCAAUAAACGGACGAAUGGCACGUCUUGUACUGGUUGUUGCGUCGGACACUUAUGUAACAAGAAUGAUUUCAUUGGCUGGACCAAAUCCCUCGUAUUUCGUUUUAUUUUUAAAAAGUUCAACGAAUAUAAAAUCCCCGCUGAGAACAUAUCAAGAGCCAUUGAGCAUGACCUUUCAACCGUGACGGGAACAUUUAGAGUUGAAGACUGUGGCUCAAACAGAAAUAAAAUAUUUGCUAUUUACUGUACAGUAUUUAGCGAAAUGACUGAAAGUCAACUGUGGCACAAUAUCUCCGAAACUUUGAACAAAUCCCAGGCAUUUCUUAAUUUAGGAGUUAAGAAAAGCCAGAUGAAAUUUCUUGAUGAAAUGGUUUGUGAUGAAAGCACAACAUCAACUAACAAUCGAGCUUUCUCUUGGCCAAUGACAAAAAUAGGAACUACUGCGGAGAUCCCGUGUAAUGGAAAUGUAGCCACCAGGCAUUGUUCUUCCAGAACGAUGGGGCAUCCAGAAAUGGCAUCAAGUCAAAACCUGUCAUCACAAAAGUGUUCACCGUUUACUGGUAUCUGGCAAGAACCAGACAUGUCUCAAUGUUACAAUGCAGAACAGAGCAAAGGCAUUGAUGAUGGCUGGACCAAAUCCUUCGCAUUUCGUUUGAUUUUAAAAUCUUUCAACGAAUAUAAAAAACCUGCUGAGAACAUAUCAAAAGUCAUGGAGCAUGAGUUUUUAACCGUGACUGGAAAAUUCAGAGUUGAAUAUCCUAGCUCAAACAGAAAUAAAAUAUUUGCUAUUUACUGUACGGUAUUUAGCGAAAUGACUGAAAGUCAACUGCGGCACAAUAUCUCCGAAACUUUGAACAAAUCCCAGGCAUUUCUUAAUUUAGGAGUUAAGAAAAGCCACAUGAAUUUCUUGAUGAAAUGGUUUGUGAUGAAAGCACAACAUCAACUAACAAUCGAGCUUUCUCUUGGCCAAUGACAAAAAUAGGAACUACUGCGGAGAUCCCGUGUCAUGGAAAUGUAGCCACCAGGCAUUGUUCUUCCAGAACGAUGGGGCAUCCAGAAAUGGCAUCAAGUCAAACCUGUCAUCACAAAAGUGUUCACCGUUUACUGGUAUCUGGCAAGAACCAGACAUGUCUCAAUGUUACAAUGCAGAACAGAGCAAAGGCAUUGAUGAUGGCUGGACCAAAUCCUUCGCAUUUCGUUUGAUUUUAAAAUCUUUCAACGAAUAUAAAAAACCUGCUGAGAACAUAUCAAGAGCCAUGGAGCAUGAGUUUUUAACCGUGACUGGAAAAUUCCGAGUUGAAUAUCCUGGUGUUCAAAGUCAACAGCGGCGCAAUAUCUCCCAAGUUUUGAACAAAUUCCAGGCAUUGCUCAACAUGAAUUUGCUUGAUGAAAGUUCAAGUACUGGUAAUGGAACAGAGGAUAGAACAGCAGAAACAAACUUUUGAGUAAAAAUCGAAAAAGAGCCUCCAAGAAUCGUCUUUGAUGAUAUUUUAUGCUAUAAAACGAUAUUUUCUCCAUAUAUAAUAU